UAUAAUCCAAUCAGAUUUUAAUUAAGUGUUGGUUAAGUCUGCGAGCAACUCAAUGUCAUCCACUAUUUUAUAUUUGAAUAAAAUGGUAGGGCAGCACUGGCAAAAAAUACACGUGCGGUUGGCUCAAGCGCUCUUGUGUAUUUUAUUUAAUGUUUAAAAUUGUUUAUUAAAACGUCGACAAUAUGCCAGCAGCUGUAGCAACAGUUGCGCAAAUCGGUGGGCCGGUGAAAAACAAAAAGAUUGUAUUCAAUGAUGAUGGCGAAGCUGUGGCAAAGCCAGCUAAGCAAAAGCCGACUAAGAAACAUGCACAACCGAAAGUAGCAAACGGUAAACAUGUGGUAAAUGGACAGCAGAAAAAACCACAAAAGAUCAAAUUUGAUGAUGAUGGUGAGGAAAAAGCUGACGGUGAAGCUGAAGCAAAGCCUGCUAAGGAAAAGUCAAACAAGAAAGCCGCGAACAGUGAACAGCUGAAGAAACCACAGAGGAUCAAAUUUGAUGAUGACGGUGAAAAGAAGGAGCAGUCGAGCGGUAGUGGUAGUGAUAGUGAGCUGGAAGACAGUUUUAGUAAGCCAACAAAGCGCAACAAGUAUCAAGCCGAUACAGAAGAUGUUGAUUCACAGAAGAAAUGGUAUCAAGUGCACACAGAGUAUCCCUGCAGUGAUGAAGUGUUGGAUAUGAAAGAGAAUGAGCAAAUGGAGCUUUAUAAUCUGUGCAAGAGUGCGUUUGACACGGAGAAAUCAACCUAUAAUAAGCGGAAUCCUACGGACGCCAGAUGGUUACAAACGGCGUUGCACAAGGGUACUGCAAAAGAUCGUGCAAACGCCGGCGCCUUACUAGUAACCAGCAAUCCUCUAGGCAAUCUUGAAGCGCUGUCGACACUGAUUAGCUUCUGCAAGAUUUCCAACAAAAGCAGUAAUGAUGUUAUAGCAGUCUUAACGGAUCUGUGGAAGGAGGUGCUGCUACCCCCACAACGCAAAUUGCUAUCCAUUCAUACACGCGGCGCGGACUGGAAGCAAUUAAAGAAGCGCAGCGCUGAGCUGCACAAGGAGCAAACACGUCGCGUCUAUGCUUACUGGUACUUCGAGAAUGAGCUUAAAGAGCAAUAUCACGAGUACCUGAAAAACCUAAUGCAAGGCCUACAAACAGGCCAAGAGCACAACAAAACGGCUGCCAUUGUUGCAGCUGCACGUCUGCUUGCCUAUGCUCCAGAAAAGGAGCAAAUGCUGCUGACUAUGCUAAUCAACAAGCUUGGCGAUCCCAUAGCCAAAAUAGCUUCCAAGGCGCUGCAUCAUCUUAGCGAAGUGGCUCAACGGCAUCCCAAUAUGUGCGGCGUCAUAGUUGGCGAGGCAGAGAAGCUGCUCUUCCGUAACAACAUUUCGGAGCGUGCACAACACUUUGCUUUAUGUUUUCUAUCCAGCAUAGCGCCCUCUGGUCGUCCUGAGGUCUGCACCAAGCUGGUGAACAUUUGCUUUGCGCUCUUCAAGGUGCUCGUGCAAAAGGGAGCCGUCAACAAUCGCACCAUGCAGGCUAUACUACGUUGCCUGCAGAAAGCCAUUGUAGAAGCGCAACCAGCGAAUGGAAGCACCGAGGUCUUGACCAAGGAAAUGCAGGAUACCAUUUAUAGACUUGUGCAUCUGGCUGAUAUACGCGUCUCCAUACAAACAUUGGGAUUGCUGCUGCAGUUGAUCACGGUGAAAACAGAAAAGUGCGAUCGCUUUUACAAUGCAUUGUACAUUAAGUUGUUGGAUCUGAAUUUGAUCAACAUUGGCACCAAGACUGCUGCGCAGCUGCUGCAUAUUGUUCAUCGUGCCAUUCAUAUAGACAAGCAUGUGGCGCGAGCGCAGGCAUUUGUGAAGCGGUUGCUGCAACUUUCUCUGUAUGCUCCACCGAAUAUUGCAGCUGGUUGCCUCAUUGUGUUGCACAAAUUGCUGCGCAUGCGACGUGACAUAAUUGGUGGCUUGGGCGACACUACAAUGGCAGCAGAUGCAAAAUUAUUGCCAGCUGCAGUUGCUGAUGAGGAUUUAGACAAGUUUGGCAGUGAUGGCGAAGAGGUGUACAAAGAUGCAGAUGAGGAAGCCAAGCCAACAGCUGUUAAGCAGGAGGAAGCCACAACUGAGAGCAGCAGCUCCUGGCAUCACUUGAAGCUGGCCGGCACGUCUAGCAAGGUGCGUGAUAUUGAUGCCUGCAAGUACGAUCCGUAUCAUCGUGUGCCUGCCUUUGCGGGCGCUGGCUAUGCGCUGCGCAACGAGCUCUUGUUACUGCGUCAACACUAUCAUCCCACUGUGCAGGUCUUUGCUGAGCAUAUAGUGCUGGAGAAACGCAUUGAUUAUUAUGGCGAUCCCUUGCGUGACUUUGGCUUGCCACAUUUCCUUGAACGCUUUGCAUUUAAGAAUCCCAAGAAAUUGGAUAAUCAGCAAUCAGCUGAAGGUGCCGCAAGCUUGCCACAUAAGCGGUAUACAGCCUUUGGAGCGCGCGGCAAACCUGUCAAGUCGCUGACCAAAGUCAACUGCACUGAGGAUGAAAUGUUUAUAUUCAAUUACUUGGAGCAGAAGCGCAAACAAGUCGAACUAUUCGAACAGUCCAAAAAGCAGCCCAAGGUCGAAGCAGAAUUGCCAGAAGAAGCGGCAGAUGAUGAUCUUAAGGAGGGUGAAGUGGACGACGAUGAGUUUGAAGCCUAUCUGGAUGGUUACUUUGGGAAAAAGCUCAAGGCAGGCGAUGAUGCUGAGGACGAGGACGACAUUAAUUAUCUAGAGGAGUUGGGCGGUGAACUGCAAGCAGAAAAACAGAAGAAGAAGCAAAAGAAAUCUAAAGACGCAGAUGACGAUGAUGAUAUGGAAGAUAUGGAUCAAGAUUGGGACGAUGAUGCUGAAGAUGCAGAACUCUCAGACGCAGAGGCAGAUGAGCAGUCUGAUGAUGAAACGGGCUCAAUAGAUUUGGAGAAAAUCGAAAAUGAUGAUGAUGAUGACGACGACGAUGAUGAAGGCUCCAUUUCGAUGGGUGAUGAUAGCGAUGAUAGUGAAGCGCCUGAAAGCCCCGACGAUAUGUCCGAUGAUGAUGAGGAUGCGCCUAAAGUAAAGAAAUCACGCAAGGAAGGGGUCCUAGAUGAACGGAACUUUGCAAAGAAACUGAAACACAGCAAUGAUAUGAGCUCCUUGUUUGCCGCUGCUGAUGAUUUUUCUCAAUUGCUGGAGGAAACUGGAAAAUCUAAGGGUCAGGGCACUAGCAAUGCAGUUUUCAACAAGGACAAAUCCUCCGACAAACAACUCAAAUGGGAAGAGAAACGUCGUUCGAAUAGUAAAAAUUAUACAAGCAAAAAGUUUAACAAAGGAACUGGUGGCAAGCCCAAAUUGGGCAAGAAGCGAAAGCAUUAAUAUCAUUGUUUAAAUUAUUUUUAUAGAACUGAAAGUGUGCUUAUGUAAAUAAA